UGCGUCGAGAGACGCAGUGAAAAUGGCCUCCGUUUUUUAAAGCUGUCAAAGUGACAAAAUACUCUCAUUAAUUUUAGUGUUUAGUUUAUAAAAAUCGUUUUAAUAAUGCCAGUUUGUUCAAAAUUUCCUUAUUUUCCUUUCUAAUGUCGACAAGAAAUGCUAAAGGUUGGUUGCAAAAACGAAAAUCAAAUAUUAAAACCAUCGUACGGAAAUGAAUCAAAUGAAGUGACCAGUUUGAUAAUAGAUAAGAAAGAGAGUACAAGUUUAAUUUUAUCAAACGGCGAUGUAGCGAACAAAACUCCAGAAGACGGACCAUCGAUGGGUCACAAAGGCCAUUACAAACGGGUUUUGCUAAAAAACAACGUAACUCAGGAUCUGAGGACUCAAAGUCUGCCCAACUGCUUAGUAGAUGACAAAGAGAAAUUCCACGACGAUGUAGACACUGUUGAUAGUUGUGAUAUUCACAAUAAAUUGUUGGUAGAAAGUGGUAGUCCCCCACAAUCGCCAUGGUUCAAAACGUGGCCUGAAAGAUGUGACAAAGUCAAAAGCAAUGAAAACGCUACUCAUUCUUCACAGAAUACUCAAAUAAAAUUGCGAAAUUGUGAUAUUGUAGAAAAUGGUAAUGUAAAAAAUAAAGUAUCAUUAAGUGAAGCAUUGCAAAACAUAUCAUUAGCAUAUAGUCCAGUGACAAAACAGUUACACUUGGUAGAAACAAACAAUGAGGAAAAAAAUUGUAAUGUAAUAGUAGAAGACACCAGUGAUAAACUUCCAGAACAUACAUCUACAGAGAAGAAAGGCCACAAAAGGAACCAAGCUGGCUCUUUCUCUAGCACAGUUUCUAGUUUAAGUGAACCAUCACCAUCAAGAAGUUUGUUAGAUGCUGAUGAAAAAUCAUUGACUAGCUUAGAUGAUAGUGGGGACCAGGCAGGAAAAAAGGGCCUAAGCAACUUUUUUAGCAGAAAUGUUUUUUCUUCAUGGAAGUCUGGAUCUGGUACAAAUGCAAGUUCCACUGUUUGGAAAUUGUUUAGCAAAACUGCCAAGAAUAGUUCUUCAAGUUCGCCACUUCACGGUGUAGUUAGUUCGACUGCACUUAUACAACAUCCAAGACCGUCCAACUUGCCUGCAAAGACCCAAGAAGAAGAACAGCGACAUCGCGAAGAAUACAAAGCUAUGGUUGCUGCUGCAAGGAAAAAAGAAGCUCAAAAUACAGCUGCUAGACAAAAAUUGCAGAAAUUGCAGUUGCAACAAGAAGAACAUCAGGCCACUGCCGCUAAACAUUUCAUCAAACAUGUCUUGCCUAACUGGGAACAAAUGUAUAUGAACAAAAAAACCAGGGACCUCUGGUGGCAAGGUCUUCCGUCCAGCGUCCGCGGAAAAGUGUGGCGUUUGGCCAUCGGCAACGAACUAAAUCUAACACCUCAACUUUACGAAAUAUGUCUUUCUCGCGCUCAAAACCGUCUCAACAGCCCUGAACCGUCUCACUGUGAAAACCACAUCGACCAAGAGAGCAGCAUGGACGUGAUCCAAUUAGAUAUCUCACGGACGUUUCCUCAUUUGUGCAUAUUUCAAGAAGGGGGCCCGUAUUCUGACAUUUUACAUUCGCUUUUGGCCGCGUAUGUGUGCUACAGACCUGAUGUCGGAUACGUUCAAGGCAUGUCCUACAUCGCCGCUAUUCUCAUUUUAAAUAUGGAUCCUUUUGACGCAUUCAUUUGUUUCGCGAAUUUGUUGAAUCAGCCGUUGCAUUUGUCGGCGUUCACUUUGAAUCAGGAGCAGAUGGAGGCGUAUUAUAGCGCUUAUAACGAAGUGUUCAGUUACAAUUUACCAAAACUAUAUGCACAUUUCGAGGAAGCUAAAUUGACGCCCGAUUUGUAUCUUUUGGAUUGGAUUUACACGAUUUUUGCCAAGGCAAUGCCUUUAGAUGUGGCUUGUAGAGUGUGGGAUAUUUUUUUAAGGGAUGGAUUCGAAUUUAUAUUCAGAACUGCGUUAGGUAUUCUUCAUUUAAAUCAAGAUAUUUUAAUAACUAUGGAUUUUUUGCACGGAGCACAGUUCCUUACGCGUUUACCUGACGAUUUAUCGUCAGACCAGUUAUUCAGAAGCAUACAAGCGGUUACGACAAGUAUAGGAAAGCAAAGUUUUUGCCAAAUUGUUGAAAAAUAUAGUCUUUCUGUCAGGUAAUAAAAUUCCACUUGUUUUUAUAAGAGAUAUUUAGGUGUUGGUUUUUCGACAAAACUCGUUUAAUUAAGAAUUGAAAUAGUAAAGUUAAAAACAUUUUUGUGUUAGUUUUUAGUUUGAUAUGCAGUGAAAUGUAGUGUAAUUAAUAAUUAUAUUGUAUUUAUUUCCGUCCAGUUACAUAAUUAGAGAAUCUCGUUAAAAAUGCUUUAUGCAUUUACUGAUUUUCAGGUAAAUACUUUUUAUCAAACGAUGUAAUUCAGUUUGAAAGUAUCUGUUUACACUUUACCUUUUCUAACUUGCCAUUGUCUUUGUUUUGAUAUUAUGUGUAAUUAUGACAUUUUAAAAAAUAUACAUAUUUUUGUCAUUUUAAAAAAUUGUUUUAAUAUUUUUUUCGAUGUAAUGUGUAUAUUUAAGAGAGUUACGUUUUAGUCAAAGGCUGUGUAAAAUUACUAAUAAUAAUCAUUGUGGUGUUGUAAAACAUUUUUUUAUCGGCUGUCUGAAUUGAAGUUUUACAAGUACAUAAAUGUGAUUUUUAAGGUUUUCAAAAGGAAGUUUACAGUAAAUUUUUGUUGUAUGUGCAUCAUUGUGGCAAUAAAAUAGUUCUUUAUCAAUUACAAUAUAAGGAAUUUAAGAAUUUAAUACAAACUUUUUGAUUCAUUUCAGCAAUGGUAUGUAUGUAUAUAAGAAUACUACAACAAUUUAUAUCUAUGAAAAUGCUUUAUCUAUUUUUUUGUAAUUUAAGGAUAUAUCUAUACUCGUGAAAUAAAAUGGUUGGCGAUCUGGA